AAAAAAAAAAAAAACAUGAACCAGAACUAUUUCGAUUCCAAAUUCUUUCUGUUACAUUUCCUUCUUCUGCUCAAUCUUUUAGGAAUAAUCACCUCAGCCUCAUCCGGUUUUGAAUCUGAUGAACUCGCUUUACAUGAUUUCAAGAAACACAUAACUCAAGAUCCCCUUCAAAUAAUGAGAUCCUGGAAUGAUUCUGUGCAUUUCUGCAAUUGGACUGGUCUUACAUGCAGUCCAACUAAUGGAAGAGUCACGAUCUUGAAUUUGGACUCGCAAAACUUGGUUGGCUCCAUCCCACCUUCCAUAGGAAACCUCACAUUUCUCACUGCUAUCAACCUGGGAAACAAUAGCUUCCAUGGUAAAAUUCCUCCAGAAAUAGGCCGUUUACAGCGCCUGCAGAAUCUCACCUUGGAUGGCAAUCAAUUUGGCGGGCGCAUUCCAACGAAUAUAUCUGGUUGUACAAAUCUAAGAAAGUUUAAAGCAAGUUACAACGAAUUUAAUGGGCAGAUUCCAGACGAAAUUAGUUCAUUGUUGAAACUGGAAAUACUGAGUCUUGGACGCAACAAUCUUACGGGAAGAAUUCCAGCUUCGAUAGGGAAUCUUUCAUCUCUUUCCUUUCUGUCACUGGGGCGGAAUAAUUUACAGGGGAGCAUACCUGAGGAACUAGGCCUACUAUCAGACUUGACCUUUUUCCAUGUUGGGGCAAAUUAUUUGUCAGGUUUCGUUCCUUCUUCAAUUUAUAAUCUCUCUUCUAUAUACUUUUUCUCUGUUGCUUCAAACCAGCUGCAAGGGGAGCUGCCCUCAUAUGUUGGCCUCACUCUCCGAAAUCUUGAGGUAUUUCUUGGUGGGGUUAACAAUUUUACAGGAAAUAUUCCUGCAUCAUUGCCAAAUGCUUCUAACCUUCAGCAGAUCGAAUUGGGUGUAAAUGGUUUCACUGGCUCCAUUCCUGGAAGCUUUGGAAGAUUGAAAAGUCUAGUUAAACUUAGCUUUGAAUUUAAUAGACUUGGAAAUGGAGAAAUUGGUGAUCUGAAUUUUGUGACCUUCUUGGCUAAUUGUACUAAUCUUACAUUGUUGGGUCUUGUUGAAAAUCGUUUUGGGGGAGAAUUGCCUAAAUCCAUAGGCAACCUUUCAACUCAGUUGCAGUUUCUGACUUUAGGAUCUAAUCUGAUUCAUGGAGAAAUUCCAGUUGGAAUUGGAAACCUUGUUAACUUACAACUUCUAGGAUUGGAAAAUAACCAUUUAAGUGGUACUGUUCCUGAUGUUAUUGGGAGGCUCAAUAAUCUAGAAACAUUGUAUUUGAAUCAAAACAAUUUUUCUGGAUCGAUCCCAUCCUCCCUUGGUAAUUUAACCAAAUUAAUUGCGCUUUCUUUGGCGGAGAAUAAGUUUCAGGGAAGCAUACCUCCCACUCUUGGAAACUGCCAAAAAUUGCAGUUACUUAUUUUAUCUAGUAAUCGUUUAAAUGGGACGGUACCCAAACACCUUAUGAGUCUUUCUUCCCUUACCAUUUACUUCGGCUUCUCUUAUAAUUUUUUGACUGGUCCACUACCACUUGAAGUUGAUAAUUUGAAAAGUCUUGCAGAAUUGGAUAUAUCCAAUAACAAUCUAUCUGGUGAAAUUCCUAGAAGUCUUGGAAGUUGUACUAGUUUGGAGCGCUUGUACUUGGGAAGUAAUAUGUUUGAAGGGACUAUUCCUUCUUUGGAAAAUUUGAAAGGUUUAGAGGAAAUAGAUCUUUCUCACAACAACUUGUCCGGUCAAAUUCCUACAUUUCUUGGCAAACUUGUAUUUCUCAAGUAUCUCAAUCUUUCAUACAAUAAACUUCACGGUGAAGUGCCAAUAUUUGCAAAUCAAAGUGCCAACAUUUCACUUGUUGGAAAUGAUGACCUUUGUGGUGGUGCCGCAGAACUACUUUUACCUGUAUGCUCUAAAGAAGAUUCUAAAAGGCAUAUUAGUAAGAAAGUAGUAAUCUCAAUAAUUAGUGGUAUCAUAAUUGCAACACUUUUGACGAGUUCUUUUGUUUUAUAUUACAAAAGAAAAUCUUCACAGAAAAAUUGCACAACAUCUUUGAAUGAAAAUCAGUUGCGCUUGUCUUUCUUUGACAUAUUAAAAUCAACUGAUAACUUUUCUGAUGAAAAUUUGAUUGGUGUGGGUAGUUUUGGUUCUGUCUAUAAAGGAAUUCUUUCUGGUGACGGAAAAGUUGUUGCAAUUAAGGUGUUAAAAUUUCAACAACAAGGGGCCUUGAAGAGUUUCAUUGACGAAUGCAAUGCUUUAAAGAGUAUACGACAUCGUAACAUCUUGAAAGUCAUUACUGUUUGCUCAAGUGUUGAUUAUGAAGGAAAUGACUUUAAAUGUUUGAUUUUUGAGUUCAUGCCUAAGGGAAGUUUGGACAAGUGGCUAUAUCCGAAUCUGGAUGAGCAACUUGUUGGAAUCAAGAAAUUGACCCUUAUGCAAAGAUUGAAUAUAGCAAUUGAUGUUGCUUCUGCUUUUGAUUAUCUCCAUCACCAUUGUGAGAUACCAAUUGUGCAUUGUGACCUAAAGCCAAGCAAUGUGCUACUUGAUGAAGAUAUGGCAGCCCAUGUUGGUGACUUUGGAUUGGCGAGGUUCCUUUAUGAAUCUUCAGAUAAUGUCUUGCAAAGUCAAAUAAUGUCAGGCGGUCUAAGAGGUUCUAUUGGCUACAUCCCUCCAGAGCAUAUGGAUGGCUAUGUUUCCAGGCUCGGAGACAUAUACAAUUACGGUAUACUAUUGUUGGAGAUGUUUAUAGGUAAAAGACCAAUAGAUGACAUGUUUAAAGAUGACUUGAACAUUCAUAAGUUUGUUUCUAUGGCUUUUCCAAAUCAUUUCAUGGAUAUUGUUGACCCAUCACUACUCUUUGAAGAAGAAAAUGAAGAUGAUGAAAUAGAAGAGGCAAUGAUCAGAAACUUUGAAUCUCAGACGAGUAAUAAAAAGAAAAUGGAAGAAUUCUUGGUUCCCGUGAUGAGAAUUGGACUGAUGUGCUCCACAACAUCUCCAAGAGAGCGGAUGGCAAUGAACGAUGUGGUUAACAAUAUAAAAUCUAUUAGAGACUCAUUUAUCAAGUUUAAGGAUAGAAAUAAGCAAACGAGGAGGUAAACUGAUAUCAACCACUCUUAAUUCCGAACUCCAUGUACGUUUAAAUAUCUUAUGACAUGUUGGCACUAAUAGUAUCUAUUGUGAUUAAAUAGUUGGUUUAUUUAUUUAUUUAUUUUUUUGUUCUCCGUGUUUAGCUCUUAGUGUUAACAUUGAGUU